AUGGCUGAGGUCUUUGGCAUCGUCACUGGUGCUAUCAGCAUCGCCGCGCUCUUCAACAAUUGUGUAGAUUGUUUUGAAUACAUCCAAAUCGCUCGAAGUUUCGGCGACGACUUCUCUACCUACCAGCUCAGGCUUGAUGUCGCCAAAUGUCGACUGUCAAGAUGGGGUGCUGCCGUCAAUGUCAACAACGACCCACGCUUCCUGAAAGACGCCUCGGCUGAUCCAACCAUGGCGUUGGCUCAGGACGUCCUGGAACAGAUCGUGGCAAAGUUCAAAACAGCUCAAAAGGCCUCGCUCAUGUACAAGACAACAGCAAAAGACAAAGACAUGCAAGUCUGCUCUAAAGAAGAUCUCGGCAAAGUUUCUCAGCGCCUGCACCAUCAUCUUCGGUCACUCACCCUCAAGCGACAGAAUCGUGUAGGGUUGACAAAGAAGGCGUACUGGGCAAUCUACGAUAACAAAAAGAUGGCCAGAAUGAUUGAAGAUAUCUUCACUCUGAUGAAUGACUUGGAGGAGGUGUUCCCUGCUACCCCUCAAGCUACCACUCGGCUGGUUGAGAUGGAGAUCGAGGAAGUCAGCGAUGCGCAGGAAUUGAAGAUGAUCCAAGAUGUGGCCAAAGGCUUGGAUCCCGUCUUGGAGGGCAGCAGCAAAGGAAAGCUUGAAAAAGUAAUUGCCAACAAUUCUGCUGGACGUAUAAAUGGCACGUCAGCCGUCAAUAUUGGCCACACAUAUGUCAAAGAGUCAUUUUUGCAGUCCAAGGGAUCUCGCGACACAAGCACCAAUCAUGUCGUCAAACACAUCAUCAACAACUUCCAAGUCAAUAUGUCAACCACCACCACUACUGACGCUUCUUCCCCAUACGCCUACCAGGCUUCAGAGACGGCUCUGCUUCUUCUGGACUGGUAUUCUCUAUUUAUAGAGAGACUUGCAGGACCCAACGCUGUCGCUGCACAAGAAGUCACAGCCCAACUCCGAAAAUGGGCCAAAUCCCAAGGCAUCACAGUUAUCCACUGUCUCAUCGAUGCCAAAAUCACUCCUUCCCCCGUCAUCAAAGACAAAGAGCGUAUCCAAGGUCUUCUAGAGAUCAUGAAAACGUUUACAGACCCUGAACCAACUGAGCUGCGCGGAGACGAAUCCGAAGUAUAUUUCCAACGAGACCCAGCCCACGUUUCAGCUAUCAAAUCCCCUGGCCUACUGGAGCAUCUGAAGGAGAAGGGAAUUAAAUCUCUUCUUCUCACGGGAUUAAGCACUUCUGGGUGUGUACUGAGAACAGCAGUCACAGCGACUGAUGCUGGGUUCGCAGCAACGGUUAUUAGUGAUGCUUGCGCAGAUGCGGAUGAAGAACGCCACAGAGUCAUCUUGGAUAAGAUUCUGCCAAUGAGGAGCCACGUACAGAGCAGUGCCGAGUUCAAACAAACUUUUGAGGCACUUCCCAAGGCUUGA